AUGGCCGUUUCUAUCAACACUAAGGGGCUUCUCGAGAGCGGACGCUUCGCAGAUGUCACGGUCAAAUGCAACUCUCGCGAGUGGAAGCUGUACAAAGUUAUACCGGUACUUUGCUCACGCUCAGAGUGGUUCAACAAGGCCCUGUGCGGCGGCUUCGUCGAAGCCAGAACUGGCGAGAUCGAACUCCACGACGAAGACCCGAGCCAUCUAGACUGGGUCAUCACAUGGAUCUAUACGAACGGCAAGCCCCAUUCCGCCUGCCUCGACCUCCACGCAAUAGCCGACUUCCUCAUCCUAGAUGAUCUCCAGGUGUUGGUCAAGGACCACCUCAAGGACCGCAUGUUCGCAAAGGCUAUCGGGGCACAGAGGGCUUUUGCGCAGUGCGUAGAUUCGGAAAACCAUCUGAGCGAAGGUGAUAUAAAGGUAUAUUUCGAAGGUGUUCGAAUAGCCUACGAGCGCAAUAUCGAAUGGGCCAAAGACAUUUUCCUGGACUUUCCGAGGUCUGCACACUGGUGGAUGAUCACCGACAAAAGUUUUCACACCAUGCGCACGGCCAUCCCCGAUUAUGUUUACAAUCUGAUCACCGAAAUGGUGGAGGCGUUGGAACAGGGAAAUUGCUGGCCCAGUCAUGUCAUAACCAGUUGCUGUUGCACAGGCUGCAAUGCUGGUGGCUUCCGAAACACUUUGGAUGGUAAUGGCACAGUCUUUGAGAAUAGUGAUGAGCCAGAUGGUUUCUACUGGUCUGAGUUGAUGAAGAACAGCCGCGGUAUAGUUGUUGGCGUCUGCAAUGCAUGCAAGGACGGGCCAGAGAGCGAUAUGGAUCUCUAG